ACCUUUUGUGAAGAAGUUGCAAUCACAGCCAUCUUCUAUAAAACUUUUUUGCAUCUUGGCUAGCAUUCCAAAUUAUCUUCCCAAAAGCUCUCUCAAGCAUCCAUCUUUCCUUUCGAUACCAACAUCCUAACAAUAUAUCAUUUUGGGUUCUCUUGAUCAUCCACAAAUGUCUCCAACAAAGAGUGGCCACGGAUUCUUCAAAUUCAGAAUUCUUCGAGUCAUUGCAGCUAUAUCUAUCUAAUUAAACUUAUACAUAUAUUUUUCCUAUACUAUAUCCUUGUUUGCAAAUGAUAUUUUUGCUUUUCCACCCUCAGUAAAACUAGCCAACAACAUUUUUCAUCACUUCCCAUAAUACUGUCUUGUCAAUUCUAAGACAAAUUCAAUAUUUGUUUUUUCUUUCACCCCAAAUGGUUUCAAAGAAGUACGACUUAAUAUCUUCAAGUGGGGUUGUAGAAAUGGCUUGGAUCAUGCUAAGGAUAGACUACUCGAGACUCUUCUGGCUUCUCUUUGGUGUUUUCUCUUAUGAAAAUCAUGAAGGAAAGCCCCGGAUUUAGGGCACGUCGAUCUUUUGCUUAAAAUUAGUUAUAUAGCUAGCUACACAGACAAUAUCUACGUACGUCCUAAAACCCUUAAGUCUUAUCUAUUUUCCCUAUAUUUUUCCAUAAAGUUUGCAAAAGUUUUGGCCAUAACACAAGGAUGUAUAGAAAGCAUGUUGAAGUGCGUCCUUUUGAUGAAACCAAGGCUGAUCAUGGCUAUGCUGAAAUCGAUCCUACAGGCCGUUAUGGUCGGUUUGAAGAAGUUCUUGGCAGAGGAGCAAUGAAAACAGUGUACAAGGCAAUAGAUGAAUUCUUGGGAAUAGAGGUGGCAUGGAACCAGGCUAAACUCAGUCGGGUGCUUUCCUCACCAGAGGAUUUGCAGAGGCUUUACUCAGAAGUUCAUCUGCUCAGAAUCCUCACUCAUGACUCUAUCAUCAAAUUUUACGCCUCUUGGAUUGAUGUUCGUGGAAAGACGUUUAACUUCAUCACUGAAAUGUUUACUUCAGGAACUCUCAGACAAUAUCGCCAAAAAUAUACCCGCGUGAACAUCCGAGCCAUCAAGAAAUGGGCUCGACAAAUCUUAGAAGGCAUCGUGUAUCUACAUGGCCAUGAUCCUCCUGUAAUUCAUCGAGACCUAAAAUGUGACAAUAUCUUUGUCAAUGGCCAUCUUGGACAGGUCAAGAUUGGUGAUCUAGGUCUUGCAGCCAUACUCCGGGGUUCCCAAUCAGCACACAGUGUCAUAGGCACUCCGGAGUUCAUGGCACCAGAACUAUACGAGGAGAAUUACAAUGAACUAGUUGAUGUCUACUCAUUUGGCAUGUGUGUAUUGGAGAUGCUCACAGCCGAAUACCCGUAUAGUGAAUGUACUAAUCCAGCACAAAUUUACAAGAAAGUAACAUCGGGGAAGUUACCAGCAGUAUUCUACCGGAUUCAGGACUUGGAAGCUCAGAGGUUUAUUGGAAAAUGCUUAGAAACUGCUUCAAAGAGAUUGCCAGCAAAAGAGCUACUGCUUGAUCCAUUUCUUGCAUCUGAUGAAGCUGAACUGUCACAAGUUCCAAGGAUCAGAAAUCAAAAGUCAUUUCUGAAUGACAGGGAAAUGGAGAAACUCCAACUAAACGAUCAUCCCCCAAGGACAGACAUGAUAAUCACAGGGAAGCUGAACCGUGACGAUACCAUCUUCCUUAAAGUGCAAAUUGCUAAUGAAGAUGGAACUCCUAGGAACAUAUUUUUUCCUUUCGACAUUCUACAUGACACACCGAUUGAUGUUGCAAUGGAGAUGGUCAAGGAGCUUGAGAUUGGUGACUGGGAACCAUUUGAAAUUGCUGAUAUGAUUGACGGGGCAAUCUCUGAUCUAGUGCCAAACUGGAAGAAAUGGGACUUACCUAAUACUGAACCCCGCCAUAUAUUUGAUUACCAAGAAGAUGAUGGUCAUAAUCAUCCAUUCCACUCUUCCUCAUAUUCAUCAUCUCAUUCAUCCCUAUCAGGAUUAAUGCCACAUUUGCUCCAAGAUGAUUUGUUUGAUGAUACCAGCUCUCAAAGCUCUUCACACUCAGGAUCAUAUUCUUGCUUGAACUACAUCUCUGGCGAUGAGCACAAGCUUGAUUUAAGCACAACAAGGAGGGAGAAACAUCUGGACACGAGGACUCAAAAUUCAACAAGAUUCUGUCCUCGAGAAAAUUCAAAUUCCUAUAUUGGCCAGGUACUGGCGACAAAUGCCUACAACAACUGCAAGGUUUUGCUGGAAUCACAAAGUAGAGUUUCUAGCUCUAAAAGCAAAAGGAUGAUGGACAGUCGUAGAUUAACAAGGAACCGAUCACUGGUAGACAUUCGUAGCCAGCUACUACACCGAUCACUAGUGGAAGAAGUGCACAAGCGACGAUUGUCCAAGACAGUAGGAGAUGUAGAGGAUGUUGGUUUUCAGGCACCUGCCGAGGUUUGCAAAAAGGCGUCACAACGGACUUCGAGCAGAAGACAUUAAAAUUAGCUUUUCUCUAUGUCAAAAAUGAAUGAGAGAAUUGAUGAUCUUGUUCCAGAAUGAAGCUAUGGAGAAAAUGCUUUUAAGUAGCAGCUAAAUUACCCCUUACGCAGUAAGUCUACAAAAACAAUAUGAGGGAGCUUUGUUUGGCAUCCAUGUAAGUUGGUAUUAAGAAUUCUGAGGUUGAAGGUAUAGUGCUGGAUACAUAAAGUGUAAAUAUGUAUUUACAUGGUUUGUGUUGGAUGAUACUAGCUUGUAUUUGCAAUGAAGUAUUAUUGCUUUCUUUUA